CGUUUCCCGGGGACCGCCGAUCGAGCAGACACACUGCACGACACAGCACAGUCACCUCCUUCUCCAUCCCCCCAGCAUAGCAUACUAUGAGAAUACUAUGAUCCCUUCCCUCCCUCCCUUCCACUCCAUCUUGCCUUCCUUCACCCCCCCACGCAUGCGUACAAGACACACCUCCCACCCCCAAUCACCGCCUCCGCCAUCCCCCUCGCCAUGCACUGAGCGGGCCGGCAUUGCCGCCACCUCCUCCCCCUCUUAGUCUGUGAGCUACUGCGGUUUGUGUCGGUGUUUGGGUGCGGGGGCAAUGGCGGCCGGGAGGAGGCUGUCGGAGCUGCUCCAGGAGCAGCAGGAACCGUUCCUCGUCGAGGCCGCCAAGAUUCGGAGGCCGCGGCGCGGCCGAGGCGGCGGCGGAGGGGCUUGCUGGCCCGUGGCGGCGUGCCAGCGGCUCCUCAGGCUCUGCAACCACGGCUUCAAGAAGAGGAGCGCCGGCAUUGUCGGCCUGAGGUCCGCGCUCAGCAAGGCGCUGUGCGGCAAGGCCGUCAGGAGCGCCUUCCGCUGGGAAAGGCUUGGCGGCGGGUGCUGCUUCACCGGCGUCGGCGUCGGUCCCGACCGCGAGUUCCGCCGGCUGCGGCGGUCCGCCGGCGACAGCGGCGAAUGCGGCGCCCGUGCCAUGGAGUUUGACGACGGGUACGAGCGAGAGGGAGCGGCGAGGUGGGAGAAGACGGACAUGGAGGUGGACUCGUCGCGGCAGCUCAGCCCGGUCUCCGUCCUCGAGCUGCACUCCGACGUCGACUCUCCCGAGCAUCCCCGCUGGGAGGAGGACGAGAGGCCAUCAACCUCCGGAAGCUCACCCUCAGCACCAUCCUCAGACUUCCACGGCCCCACCUCGCCGUGCUUCACCUACGACGUCCGCGCAAUGGAGACGACGGAGGAAGAGGACGAAGAGACGGCCGGAAACCACCGCGGCGGCAAGUGCGUCGAGGAGCAGAUCUCGUCGUGGGAGAGGAUCGCCGGGGACAUCACCAGGAUCCCCGCCAUGGUGGAGCUGGACCUGUCAGAGCACACGCGGCAAUGGAGGGGGCUCGGGCCUGAGGUGAGGAAGAUCGGCGCCAGGAUAGAGACCCUCAUCUUCGAGGAGAUCAGGAGGGAGACCGUCUGCGACAUGCUCGCCUCGCACUGUACAUUUUGACGCCAACUUCUUGUUGACCACACAGGGAAGGGUUUGUGUGGGUGGUUAAUUUUUCUUACUGAGUAGUGCUACUGCCAGAGGAUCUGUGUAAAAUGUGAGGCUUGAUGUGAAGAUCAUUUUGUUCCCCAA